AUGUCGUCCCGAAGACCGACGAGAACUUCUACUCCAUAUGCACUGGCGAGAAGGGUGUCGGCAAUCCCGCAAGCCCCUCCACCUAAAGGGUCAUCCUUCCACCGUAAAGCACACCGGGACCUGUCGAUGGCAAACGUCGGGCCGGGGACAAACGACACACAAUUCUUCAUCUGCACAACAAGGAAGAAGUGGCUUGACGACAAGCACGUGGUGUUCAGGCAGGUGGUGGAGGAGUAUGACGUAUUGAAGGCGGUGGAGAAUGUCGGGUCGGGGAGCCGCCAGACCUCAAGACAAGUGGUGAUCACUGACUGCGACCGACUCCAGAUCUAA